AUGAGCAAAAACAAGAACAAAGGUGAUAAUAAGACGGAAAAGGCUUUGGCUGCGGAGAAAGAGCAGUUUGGGAAACAACAGGUGAGUAAUUCUGGUUUUAUUGAACCUUCAUUUAACCAGGUACCAAAAAUAUAAGUGAAUAUGCGCUACCAUAGUAUAACGUUAGAUCUCAUUUCUGACAUUAGUGACAUACUGAAAAUGAUAUUUUGUGGAAUUUUUACGAUUGAUGGUUGUAAAAUCCUUUGUGUGUGUGUGUGUUGAUUUCUAAACUACCCUGUCUUGUUCCGUUUACCUAUCUGUUUUUUCCUUUAGCUUCACAGUAUCAGCAAAACCGUGGCCUCCACUGAAACACCACCUAAAGAAAAAUAUGUCCGCCGUAUCCUUUAUUUUGGUUUUACUGAGUUAGUAGAUUAAUUUCAGAGGACUUGAAAAUAUCGCUUCAGUUAAAGUUAUACUGUAACUAUGGGUGGCUUUCGCUAAUGCUAAUGUCACCAUGCUUUUGUGUUGUUUUCAAUAUGUAGGUGCCAACAAACUGUAUUUGAUUUUUUUCAAGUAGGACUUUUGGUUGUUGAAGUUUUUAUUUUUAAUUCUUUAUCACUCUGAGUGAAAAAAAAAGGUUAAAUAAUGUGACUGUAUUAGCUUGUAUGGAAGCCCUAAGUUGUCCUACACCCGUACAUUUUGUCAUCUCUGUAUUCCUGCCAUACUGCGUUGUUUUCUGGAUGUUUACUCCAGGAUCAUUAAGACUUAUUUCACUCAUUUACUUGAGAUUUUAAAGUCUGUUUCUUCUAAUGAUUAUAUAAAUUUCCCUGGUUUCUAUAAAACAUUAUGAGCUGGUGAGUGUGAUAGGCGAGGCUGCCAUUGUUGACAUCAGUUGGGCACAUAGACUGUAUAUAGAAUGGACGCCGUCUGCCUUCUCACUGGUUGAAGCCAUUCCGAGAACAGCACCCUCUGUAAAAGCUUAUGGAGCUGUGGACAAACUUUAGAAAUUAGUCACACAGAAUAUAAUUUUUUCUCCCCCCUGCUUGUGAUGUUGACAUGUAGUUAUUGAGAGACUGGUUUGUGCUCCAGUCCUCUUUUUUUCCUGUACAGCUCCAUUUGUAAAAGUUAUUAGGGGGUUCAUGUUUUCUAUGAUUGACACUUGAUACAGCCUAUGGGCGUACGAAGAUUGCUAAGCUCACCCAGGGGAUACGCUGUUUGAGCCGAGCGUCACCACAGCGACUCUCGGUGACUCUCCCACCAAAUGCGUACAUUGCUACUGUGCAAUGUUGGUUUCAGGAAAUAGAGAGAAAACGCAGAACUACCGUGAGCUUUUCGGCUUCAAAUUCGUACACUGGCGGAAGACAGAGCCAAGUUGUCCAUUGUAUAUACAGUCAAUAGUUGGGCACCUUUAGUCCAUCUUUAUGGUUUUACCUGCUUUACAACCACAUGGACUCAAGUUGUGGUCAUUUGUAGUCAAGUCAUGAUCCAGACAAAAUAAGUUAAAAUAACUAAUUGGCACAGGAAAUAAAAUGUAUAAGUGCACGUACAAUUGAUGGUAGACUUUUCAAAGCAUGUAGGGCGAUGCGGGUCUCUGAUUAUUUUAUUCUAGGCCUUGACUAACUUUUUUUCACAAGGAGCACAUGUGUUCCUAAAUUGAAAAAGUAAGGAGCACAAAAAGAACUUUAGGGGCACAAUGAAAAUUGAUCAAAUAAUGUUUGUCUUAUUGGUCAACAAAAGUACAAUUAUUUGAAAUCAAUUUUCAGUCAAUUGGUCACGUGACAUGGAAGCUAUUGGAGGAAAACAGUCUUUUUUGAGAACAUCAACCAGUAAUUUAUUGAUGGUCCCUUAUUCAACACCCGAUGUUGACAGUGAGGGUGCUGAGUAGAUUUAACCGCACUGCUGUUGCUAAUCCAACCUAAAACUAACUUCACCAUGGUAUUUACAUGAAAAAACAUUUGUUGCCUCGGCAGAUUUUUUUAAGCGCACAUGUGCCCCUAAAUACAUUUUACAAUUCGCAUACAUCUAUUUUUAGUCGCUGUAUAUCAUCCCUUGAGCAGCUUAGACAGGAUGUUAUUUGUUUAUUUAUUUUUUAUUGGUGUUUCAGCAAUUUACUUUAUCAUCCUACCCAUUCCUCCUGUCACUCAGUAUCUAGACUACAUCCUGAUCAGCUUGUGGGAGACUAUAAUGCUAAUCAGUGCCUUACUCAUGCACAUGGCUGUUCAUAAAUCCUCUUUCCACCUGUUCAAGAGUCACCCUUUUACCUGCCUUCCUGAAGUUGUUGAAACAUCAUUGAAACAACCAUGAAAACUAACAUCAGCAGUCAGCCCAGUUUAGACUUCAUCAGCUCUUUGUUAAUGUUGAGUGAGAGUUAUUGCAGCACCAUUGUGAGGUUCCUUAACAGCUAUGAAGACAUCAUCAUGGGGACACAUAAGGAGGGCGGAGCUACAACCUUCUGGUCCUACAUCCUGAACCUGCCUCUCUCCAGCAACUCCAUGGUCAGCUGGAAGUUCUGCUACCUGCUGCACAAAGUGCUUCGAGAUGGACACAGAAAUGUGAGUACAUGGUUUUCAGUCUGGCUGUUUACGUCUCUCUUGAUCUCCUUCAUGCUGCUGAUGUAAAUCUGUCAUCUGUCCUGCAGUGUGUUCGAGAUUCUCACAGAUACUGUCACAACGUCAAAGAUAUGGGCAUUCUUUGGGUGAGUAGCAGAGAGUACAACUUUGUAAAAGGCUUCUAGUCCUUGUAUGUUUUUGAGAAACAUUGGAAACACCGGAUGAAUACUCAUGCUGAUAACUGAAUGAAUAAAACCAUAACAUCUUUAAUUUUCUUCAGGGGAACUUGCAUGAUCGUUACGGCCACAUUGUUGCUCUGUCAGCCAAAUACCUCUGCCUCAAGAUGGAUUUUCAUGCAAAGGUGACUGAUGAAUAUUUGUUUGACUGUAACAUGAUAACAUGCGAUUAUUUCAUGAUAGUUUGUUGGUUGAAUUACGAAUGAAAAAACUUUUCCACAGCAUAAAGUGAUCCCAGGACACAUGGAGAUCAGCGACGAGACUCUGGAGAGGGAAGCCGGAAAUGACAUGACCAAAGUGUGAGUUUUCUACCUGCAUCUAUUUCUGCAUAAAACAGCAUUUCUCAUUAAAGGUGGUGUAUUCGGGAUCUGAGGAAGUGCCAGUUUUUGGGAGAAAUCUUGAAUGUAAACUCUACCCCUCCCAACCAGUCCCAACUCAGCUCCUCUUCUCUGCUCCAGCAAGCCCCGCCCACAAACAGACGCUCCUGCUCGCUCGUAUCUUUCCAAUUAAAUUCAGAUAUAAUACAGAUAAAUACUUCAGGUAAUUACAAAUGGGACCCAGUCAGCGUUCAAGUAAAAUGCAUUGGUGCUAUGGUAGAUGCCAACAGACUACAAGCAAACACAAUGUUUGCAGGACUUCUACAACUAGGAUAAAGUGACAUAGUCCAGGACCCAAAGUCAACAGUUUAGCGGCGCUACAACACGCAGCAGGUCCCGUUUGACAAGAAACACUUCUGUUACAGACACUUGGCUUACUUUGUUAAAGCGGUUUACCUGUCCAGCAGAAAGGUUACAGGGUCCAGAAGAUCCUGAAGUGUUCACUGAUGUUGAUCUGGCUUUUCUAGCUCUUGUCUGGUCUACCUCCUUUUUAAGCGCCCGUUAUUCUGCCAGAGUCUCUGGUAUUUACUUUGUGUUAUUGCUUGUGUUUUCCGUACCUGCUGGUUGGCUUCUACCGUCUGAUAUUGUAGUACGGUAACUCUGUUUGGGUUUUCGGAUGUUAUCCAAGGACGUGGAGCGUGCCUCACAACACGAGGGAGCAGCGUCUGCCUCACAACCAGUCAGGUUGGGGGAGGUGGAGAACGGCUUUGUUUACAUUUAGAAAGAGCGGGCCGCUCAAAAAUGUUAAAAUGUUGACUACACAGACAUAACAAAACACAGCGAUAUCGUUUUAUUACCAAACGUCAUCAAUAACUAAAAGCUAUUGACUGUCUAUUAGGACACUGUCUGACUAUCAAAAGCUUUGUCGUAUAUACAUCACAAAAAAUAUGCUUCUUUAACGGAUUCCUGCCUACCCCACCUUUAAUCUUGACAAUUACAUAAUUGUUUGUUUGCUUGUUUUGUAGGUUGGAUAUGACACAGGAGCUGCUGGAGUGUCUGCAAGCUGGACUGAAGAUGUCUGAUACCGGUGAGUCCAGUUCUACAUCGAGGGUUUCUUAAUGUUGUGAAACUGCAGAAAAACACCAGACUUUGCUGCUUUGAAACUUUUGCCGUGUUUUCAGUUUUCAGUCAGAUGGACGCCAACGGAGCCAAAUCUACGACCCCGGCUGGACAGUGCAGACUGACGCCUCUGAUCCCGCUCAUCCAGGACUGCAGCUUUCUCUACCACUUCUCAGUCCUGCUGAUGUUCAAACUCCACAGCCGUGAGUGACGUUGAAACAUCAAAAUCAUUAAAUUGAAACUUUAAUAAGUUUGACAAUAAACCUUUUUUAAUCUUCUGUUUUUUCAGGCAUAGCUCCCGAUAUUCUUCUCGGACAUAGAGAGCGGUUUCGUGACCUCUUCACAGGGUAGGUACUGAUAUGAGACUUUUAUUCCCCAUAUAACUGGACCCAUUUCAUGUGAAGUCUUAGUGAUAGUCGGGUUUUCCUCUGCAGUCUCACACAGUUCUUUGACCGAGCCAGAGAGAUAGAGUUCUUCAAGACCAUCAUCCGCAUCCCUGAUCUUCCAGAUGUAAGUUCGUGGUUUUCCGGCAUGUUUCCUCUUUAAUGUGUUUAAAAAAAUCAAGCAUAUAUAUUUUAUUUUAAACCUCACAGGCUCCUCCAAACUUCCUCCGUGCCGCUGCGCUGGGGGAGUAUAAAAAAGCGGUGGUGGUGAUGCCGAACGAGGAGCGCCAAGACGAGGAGGAAGUGGAGGCUCAGCCGGAGUUUAGAGAAACACAACAAAUCCCACAGGUAUCCACACACAGAGAUGGUGCAGUAUUCUGCAGCUGAGGUGCAUCAUAUCCCCACGUAUUUACACCUUUAAGAGACAAGUAGCGGGUCCAGAGUUUAUUCACUCACUAAAGCGAAUGUUAGAGUCAAUUUUGCACAAACUGCAUAUCAUCCAAAUCUUGAAUCAGUACCAGGCCCAGAGCUCAAAUCUCCGUUUGUUUCAGUACUAUCUGCUGAAUCAGAUGGGAGGACCUGAUCCUUUGGUGGAGCAGAGAGAAACCGAGAAUGACAGUCUGAAGAGAGAGCUGGAGGUUCUCAAACCAGAGUUGCAGCUCAUCAAGACUGAGGUUAGUUUGGUUAAAAGUCACACCUCAAACAUUAUCAAUUUAACCCUCAUAUGAUAAACUUCUCUAUUCCUCUCUCCUCAGGCUCAGAAGGCCGUGGUUGAACUGAAGUCUCAGGUGAAUCGUCUGGAAGCCGAAGUGGAGGAGCAGCGCACUCACAAACAGAUGGCCAUGAUGGAAAACGAACACCUGAAAAUGGAGGUGGAGACUCUGCGGAGCGCCAACGUCGUCAGUGUCGGGGCUCAGAUCGGGCUCAAGGAGGCAGACUGUGAGUCAGCAGAUUUAUGUUUAGGUCAAACUGAUCCCACAAAUCAAACAGACGUGUUUCAUCUUCACCUGGUUGUCUCCACACAGCCAGAGCUCAGGCAGCAGAGCUUCGAUUCACUCAGCUUAAGGAGAGACACGCAGAGCUGAUCACCAGUCACGCUGAUCUCAUGAAGAAGGUGAGUUGUCGAACCCUUCACCGAAUCUCAGGUGUUUCCAGAAGGAGUCACUCUUAAAUGUCAUUGGUUUUGUGUGUGUUUGUGCAGAACGCAGACACGGUGAAGCUGCUGUCCGGUGCUCAACAAAACCAAGACGAUCUGCUGAGAUCCAGACAGCAGCUGGAAAACGAGCUGGAAAAUCUACGACAGGAGAAACGAAAUAUGGUGAGACCUCAUCGACUUCUUAUCCAAACACCUCCAGGUUCACUCAGCAUAAAACAGGAAGUUUUCUCUCUUCGUUAAUUUCUACGUGCUCCUUUCUUGAUCAGAUGAAUCACCAGCAGGAGGCUGAACGUCUGAGCAAAGAGCUUCUGGAGCAAAGAGCGGAGCUGGCUCACCUCCGCAGCUCUCUGGAAACUAAAGACAGGGUGAGACAGAGUGAAAAGACGGACAAUCACACGCUCAUUACGUCUGUCCUCGCAGCCCUCCUUCAUUCACUUGUUUAUCUGUGUCUGUUUAGGAGGGAUCUCAGGUGAACAGCAGCCUGGCAGCUCUGCAGGCCGAGCGGGAAGUCCUUCUGCGUUCCGCUUCAGAGAAAGACGCUGAGCUGUCGUCUCUGAGACAACAGGCCCAGUUCCAGCAGGGAUCUCAGGACCUGGAGAGAGACCGGCUCAACCGAGAGCUGGAGUCUCUGAGAGCUCAGCUACAGCAGCAGGUACAGAACCGAGACAGAGCAGCUGAUGAGGAUCAAGCUGCUUUGAACCUUGUAGACUUCUCAGAGAGUUCAAGAUGGAGAUUAAACAUAAGAAGCAACUUAAUCUACAUAAAUUCUCAAAAAAAUGGAGGAUUAUUUCUACAUUUGGAAGUAAAUUUGGAUUUAUUCAUUCAGAUUUUCAUGGUUUAGUAGCUAUGAUCAAAUGUUUCUUAUCCUGUUUGCAUUUUUUUUUAGAUUUUUAACACUUAUUUUCUACUAUUAAUGUCUUUUUGAAGCUUCUGUGUGCUUUGUAGGACAUUUUCAGAUCAUUUCUGUUAUAUUAUUUUAAUUAAGGAUCUAAAAUGGUCUAUUUAUCAAGUUCUCUGUCAGUUAUUUUUAUGGAUUAUGGACUAAUCAUUUGGUCUAAUUAAUGUCUGGAGCAUGCAAAAAAUGUCUCAUCGGAGCUCAAACUGAAGUGAAAUGAACAAACAGCAAAAAUCUGCUUAUUUAAGAGGCUUAAAACUGCAAAUCUUUGACAAUUCGACUCAUGAAAGCCUGAAAACAAUUUUCAAAAUACUUUGUUAAUAAAAUAUUUUUCAUGAAAUAUUGCUGUGUUACUUCCUAAAUCUUCUGGGUAGCACUUAAACUUUCCUUACCUUCAAAGAUGAUGUAGAAAUAAACCUUCUUUAUCUUUCUUUAGCUCACCAUCAACGCAGAGCAGAAGCUGGAGAUCGACCGGCUGAAACGAGAGCUGGACUCGACCCGAGCAGAGCUGACGAUUGCAAACAAUGCCCUGAAGAGCAAAGAGAUGGUUAGAAAGUUUCCUGCAGUUUCACCCUCCACGUUUUAUUGAAGUAAAAUGACUCACUGUGACUUUUUUUUGUGCUGAUCCUCAGAGUGGGACUCACCUGAGCAGCUCUCUGGCCGGGCUGCAGGCGGAGAAGGAGGUGCUGCUGCGCUCGGUGAGGGAGAAGGAUGCGGAGCUGAGCUCCCUCCGACAGCAGGCUCAGCUCCAGCAGAGCUCUCUGGAACAGGAGAGGCAAAGGAGCAGCAUGGAGCUGGGGAGUCUGCACGCUCAGUUACAGCAACAGGUGCUGCUCUGUUUUCCUGCUGCAGAGUGAGACUGUUAGGAUCUUCACGGUGGUUUGUGACUGAGGAGUGUGGUUUUCUUUAUAUCAUAUCAGGCGUGUCGGGAAGGAGAGCUGCUGUCCCAGAAGCUGCAGGAGGAGCAGUUCGGUCUGCUGCAGUGUGCUGUGGUGGAGGCUGAGGGCAUCAUACUGGACGCUGUGUCCAAACUGGACGACCCCAUACACGUCUGCUGCAUCAGCUCUCCAGGUAACGACCUGCCUGUCCUCUCCCUGCUGCCAAAAAACACUUUCAGCAAAUAAAUCGACUCUGAGCUCACAGGAGGAGUUUAUAUUUGACCCACAAAAACAAACAAAACAACCAGCGUUACGACUGAUUAUUACAUUUUUUUCAUAGUAGGUAUAAUAAUAAUUACUUUAUUUGUAUAGCACUUUUAAAAACAGAAGUUUUACAAAGUGCUUUGAGAUAUAGUCAUAAAGCACAUUGAAAAAGACAGAUAAAAACAAAAAGCUCAGUUAAAAUGGAAUUGAAGGCCAUUUUGGUGUCAUAAGGAACCCAGACAAUACAAGUACCAUGCAACAUGAAAUGACACCAUAUUUAUCUAAAUAUAAAACCAUCUAUCUAUAUCUACAAGUAGACUUCUUCUCAUCCCUCUCAGUGGAACAAUCUGUUAUGUUUACUUUGUUUGAACACGUGCACAAGACAAAAUCAGCAAAGACAGGUACACAUUUUUGUCCACAGAGGGCGCCAAAAUCAACGUAACUUUAAAAUUCCUCACGAGACUGAUAUUAUUGAGUUAUUUAUCCAUCAAAACAACUUUUAGGUGCUGUAAAAACUUUUUUUUAAAAGGAUCAACGAUCGUAUUUUAGUGGUUAAAGCUCCUGUUGGACAAAGCUGUAAUCUUUAUUAUCCUUUUUACCAGUCAUAUUUGUGCUUAAAUGUGUACUCAGCUUUUUCAUUCCAGUUUUCUCUCUCCUGUUUUCUUCCUGUGGUUCAGAUUAUUUGGUGAAUCGAGCUGAUAUCACUCUGGGUUCGAUUGACAAAAUGCAGCAGAGUCACUCGGUCUACCUGGGGAACAAGAGCGGUCAGUAAAAUGUGUGUGAGUGUAAAUUUAAGUUUCGUGUGUUUUUGAGUAAAUUUAAUCCUCUUCCAUUAAACCUCCAGAUGCGAGUGGUUUACUGAGAGCGGUCACACAGUUCUCCCACCUCGCCGCUGACACCAUCGUAAAUGGAGCGGCAACGUCACACUCCGCCCCGACCGACCAGGCUGACCGUAAGAGACGUUAACUCACAUCAGCUGAUCGGAGAGUUUCUGUACAACCACUGAACACGUCUGUCUGUUUUCUUCAGGUUUGACUGACGGCUGUCGGGACUGUGCGAAUCACUGUCUUCAGUUCUUGAAGGAUUUAAAGUUUCAGGCGAGUUUACCGAGAGCUGACCCCUCUGCAAUCCGCUACACCGUCCAACGACUCCUCGCUCUGGGACAGGUGAGACAGACUUGACCUUUACAUGUUUCUUCAACGUCAAAGUUAGUUAAGCUGGAGAGCGUCAGGCUUGGAAGGAAACCUUGAACAUAUGUGAUCCUUGUUUAGGAUUUGCGACCUAAAGGACAGGAUGUGAAUAAAGAGGAGCUGGGAUCCAUGGUGGACAAAGAGAUGAUCGCUACAUCCACCGCCAUCGAAGAGGCCGUGCUGAGGAUGGAUGUGAGGAAACACAGACAUCAUCACAAAGAAAAAAAGUUAAAAACCUUCUUUUUAAUUUUAAUCAUGUCCUUUUUUAUGCUUUUGUUUCUCAGGAAAUCCUGAAUCAGGCAAGAAGAGACACCACAGGUGUGAAACUGGAGGUCAACCAGAGGUGAAACAAACGCUGUGGCAUCUUAAACAUCUUAAGUUUCUCUCUCCUUUUCUUUUCUUUAUGAGCUCUAAUCUGAUUCAUUUCUAUCCUCACAGUAUCCUGGGAUCCUGCUCAGACCUGAUGAAGGUAAGAAGUUUGUCUGUUUCUGAACUAAUUUAAGAACUUUUGAUAAACUGAGACUCAUGAUCUCUUCUGCUCUCCUCUCUGGUCUCUGCAGGCGGUUCAUAUGCUGGUGACAGCGUCGACUGACCUGCAGAAAGACAUUGUGGAAUCAGGAAGGGUGAGUCAAGAGUGUGAGAAAGUGUCACCUGAAAACAACAACAACAACAGCAGUCAUAUUAGAUUGAAAAAUAUCGACUUUUUAGUAUCUAUCUGUCAUUUUCUGAUCUGUGUGACUGUACAAAAUGGAGUUUAUUUUAUUGUUUGUGUUUUAAAACAGUCCUGAAUUUGUUUUUUAUCUUUGUUGAAACUCUGAGCAGAAAUCAUUGUUUAUAACAGAAGUUUUCUGUAUUUUUUCCUUUCAGGGUGCGGCUUCUGUCCCUGAAUUUUACGCCAAAAAUUCUCGCUGGACAGAAGGACUCAUAUCCGCCUCUAAAACUGUGGGCUGGGGCGCCACACAGCUGCUGUAAGUGUCACCAUCAACACAUGAUUUUAUAUUAUCUUUAUUUUUUUGUGAUUUUGAGAAGGUUAUGCAUGCUUUUAUCACAACUCAUUUUGAUUAUUGCAAUGCACUUUAUUUUGGUGCCAGCCAAACCUCUUUUUUGUUAUUAACUUUUAAAUCUCAUAAAAACGGGCUUGCUCCUUUUUAUCUCUCUGACCUAUUUUAAAACCCUAUAUUUCAUCUCGGACUCUCAGAUCCUCUGACCAGUGCCUUCUGACUGUCCCUAGGACCUAAUCACAUUUGAAAACGCACUUUUACUCCCUGGCUUUUAACUCCUGAAAUGUGUUCCUGUGUCUUUGUUUUAUUGUUCAUGUUAAUUAUCUGUCUUUAUUGUUUUUUAAACCCUUUAGGGACUCUGCAGACCGGUUUGUGGGGGAUAAGGGGACACACGAGGAGCUCAUCGCCUGCUCUCAUGAGAUCGCUGCGAGCACCGCCCAGCUGGUUGCCGCCUCAAAGGUACAAAUCCUAAAAUCAAAUAAGUCAGUUUAAGGAUUCGGAUAUAGAAAAGUGAUGACUGUGUCUGAACUUCACCACAGUUUAAAGGAUAUUAAACAGAUUCAUUCCUUAAUCGUGGAGGUUAUUAUUCUUUAAACUUGCUGUUGUUGUUGUUGUUCGCACGUAUUUCAGGUGAAAGCUGAUCGUAACAACAAGAAGCUCUUCACGCUGCAGCAGGCGUCAAAACACGUGAACGACAUGGCAGCUGUGGUUGUCACCUCCACCAAACAUGGGCAGAGGAGGACCUCAAAUGGUGAGACUAGAAAACUUGACAACUCUGAUGACAUGAAACUUCCAAAAACCAAAAUAGAAAAACUUAAUAUUAUCUGAAUAUUCGAUGUUAUCACAGGUGCAAUGGACUUCUCUGGCAUGUCUCUGAUUAAGCUGAAAAAAGAGGAAAUGGAAGCUCAGGUGAGUUUUUAAAGAUCCAAAAUUUACCAUCUUGGUUUCUCACUUUUCUCCAAUUAUCUCAUUUUCUACACUAGAAGGACACCUAAGGAAGCACUUCCUUCAAAUUUAUCUGCUAUAAGAAGUAUUUCCGGUCACAUUUUUUCCACUUUAUUGGAAAGAAACAGACAUGAUUGAGUACAUUUUCUCAUGUUGGGGAACUUUCCUUUGCUAGUUGACGAUGUCCCGACGAUGUCCCCUUCUGUGUCUCUCAGGUGAAGGUGCUGCAGUUGGAGAGCCAGCUGGAGCAGGAGCGAGUCCGUCUGGGCGAGCUGAGGAAGAAACACUAUGAGUUCAACGGAGCUGAAGCCGAGGAUGAACCAGACAGCUUCCCACCGCCUCCACCCCCAACUCUGCUGGACUUCACCUCUCUACCUCAGUCCUUUUCACAAACACAGCCUUACCUGAACACCCAGAAUAUCACCUCGACCAAUCCGUUCACACCGGCUCAGACUUACACACCGACACACACCCAGUCCUACACGCCUCCUCAAAGCUACACUCCCUCCAGCUCCUACACCCCAUCUCAGAGCUUCACAUCCUCCCAGCCCUAUGUCCCAUCUCAGCCCUAUGUCCCGUCUCAGCCUUAUGUCCCGUCUCAGCUGUACACACCAAACUCAUCCCAAAAUUACCUAAACCCACAGUCCCACUCACUGUCACAGCCGUCAUCAAACCCCUCACAGACUCCGGCUCAGACCAGCACACAAAGCCCCAAACUGUCCAUCAGAAAACCCAGCAUCUUCACCAAAUCUGGGAACCGUCUGAAAAAUGCGGUAAGAGCUGAAAUACAUCUUUUUGACCAGAAUAUUCGCUAAAAACACACCCUAAAUAUGAAGAUAAAUGUUCUGUAGACUGUGUUUAAAUUAGUAUUUUCUAUUUUUGUUACAGUUCAAACGAGGAGAAACUGGAACUGGAGAUUCAUGA